UGCAGCCAGACACAUGGGCAAAGGAGCUUUCCGUAGCGGCUUCUUUCGACCUGUUGGGGACCCUCCGCUUCCCCGCGGCCGACGGGACCUUCCGUAUGAACGUUUCAUCCCUUCAGCGGCAGCUUCCGUGACUUCCGGUCCCCCGAUUCUAUCCCCAGUCGUGUAAGCCCUGCUUUCUCACUUAACCCUUUCCGCCCCUGCGUUCCUGAGGAUACGAGAGGCCCACGAAGCGGGGAGGAAUAAGGGGUUACCGAGACCAGGAAUGCAGGCAGCCAGGCGAGGAGGGCGUGUUAAACCCCGUGAUCAGCGAUGUGAGACGCCGGCGACGCGAGGACUGAAAUUCGACUACUACAUUUAGUGGCGAGCCAGGCACUGGUGCCUGCUGGGAGAGUCCCAUGAGAGUGAGAGCGUAGCAUCCUGGUUCUCCCAGUGCCCUGUUGUUCAGGCAGAUCGGCUGUCAUUCUCAGGAUGGCAGCCCUCCGUCUGUCUCCCACGUUUGCUGUGUCCACCCAGGACCCUGCCUGCCCCCAAGAGUCAGAAUUUCCUCUUUCUUCAAAAGACUGUUCCUGUCCCCCAAAUUUGGACCUUUUUGCUUGUGAUGGUCUGGAGCCUCAUCCACCAACCAGUGUUGGUUCCCAGGAAUCGGUGACUUUCCAGGAUGUUGCUGUGGACUUUACUGAGAAGGAGUGGCCCUUGCUGGAUUCUUCUCAGAGGAAACUGUACAAAGAUGUGAUGCUGGAGAACUAUAGCAACCUCACUUCAUUAGGAUAUCACGUUGGCAAACCCAGCCUCAUCUCACACUUGGAGCAAGAGGAGGAGCUGAGGGCAGAGGAGAGGGGGAUUCACCAAGGCUGUCGUCCAGAUUGGGAGAAUCCAUCUAAAACCAAGUGGUCAAUUCUAAUGGAAGAUAUUUUUGGGAAAGAAACAUCCAGUGGUGUGACAGUGGAAAGAACUCGUCUCGGAGAGAAAUCCACCGAGUAUGCUCACUUGUUUGAAGUCUUCAGCAUGGGCACUCACCUCACCCAGCAGAUGGGAAGACACACAGGCAAGAGGCCCUAUCACCGCCGUGACUAUGGGGUAGCCAUCAAGAGCAGGUCACAUCUCACUCAACACGUGAGCAUGUACGACGGGAGGAAAAUGCACGAGUGUCAUCAGUGCCAAAAAGCCUUCACCACAAGUGCUUCCCUUACACGUCAUAGGAGGAUACACACAGGGGAGAAGCCGUAUGAAUGCAGCGACUGUGGGAAAGCUUUCAAUGACCCUUCGGCCCUCAGGAGUCAUGCGAGAACUCACCUCAAAGAGAAGCCCUUUGACUGCAGUCAGUGUGGAAAUGCAUUCCGGACCCUCUCUGCCCUGAAGAUACACAUGAGAGUUCACACUGGGGAGAGACCUUAUAAGUGUGAUCAGUGUGGGAAGGCCUACGGCAGGAGCUGCCACCUCAUUGCACACAAGCGAACGCACACUGGAGAAAGGCCCUACGAAUGCCACGACUGCGGGAAAGCUUUCCAGCACCCUUCACAUCUUAAGGAGCAUGUUAGGAAUCAUACUGGGGAGAAACCCUACAAAUGCAUUCAGUGUGGCAAAACCUUCCGAUGGAAGUCUAACUUUAAUUUGCACAAGAAGAACCACAUGGUGGAGAAAACCUAUGAAUGUAAAGAAUGUGGGAAAUCCUUCGGUGAUCUCGUAUCACGGAGGAAACACAUGAGAAUUCAUGUUGUCAAGAAACCCGUUGAAUGUCGACAGUGUGGGAAAGCCUUUAGAAACCAGUCUAUCCUUAAGACACACAUGAAUUCCCAUACUGGAGAGAAACCAUACGGGUGCGACCUCUGUGGGAAAGCCUUCAGUGCGAGCUCAAACCUAACUGCACACAGGAAAAUACACACUCAAGAGAGACGCUAUGAAUGUGUGGCCUGCGGGAAAGUCUUUGGUGAUUAUUUAUCCCGGAGGAGGCAUAUGAGCAUUCAUCUUGUAAAGAAACGUGUUGAAUGUAGGCAGUGUGGAAAAGCCUUCAGAAACCAGUCCACCCUGAAGACACACAUGAGAAGUCACACAGGAGAGAAGCCAUAUGAGUGUGAUCAUUGUGGGAAAGCCUUCAGCAUAGGCUCUAAUCUUAAUGUUCAUAGGAGAAUACACACUGGGGAGAAGCCCUAUGAAUGCCUUGCCUGUGGGAAAGCCUUCAGUGAUCAUUCAUCCCUUAGGAGCCAUGUGAAAACUCACCGGGGAGAGAAGCUCUUUGUGUCAUCAGUGUGGAAAAGGCUCCAGUGAGCACUGCUGUCAGAGAAACAUGAGCACUUAGACUGGAUAGAAACCUUAUAGGCGUAAAGAGGGCAGGAAGCCUUCCUGAGCUCUCCUUACUGGGCACAAAAGAAUACAUAUAACUUGGGAGCAAUCCAUUUUCUGUAAAGACUAAGUGAAGACAGGAGAAUUGUGAGAACUCACAUUGGGGAUGAAAAUUGGUGUCUUUGGUGUGGAGAAGCCUUCAGUGUACAUUCAGCUCUUAACAUAUUAGAAUUUAGGGAGAGAAACCCCAGUGUGGCAUUUGUAAUGUCAGAGUAACCUUAGCACCACCUCUCAUUUUCUGGGCACAAAAGUGUUAAGCACACUAGGCGAACCUUUCCAGGUCUCACGCUAUUCCUCAUGAGAAAAAUCACACUCGAGAAAAAGUAAAGUAAGCCAUGUGGGAAGGUCGGUAACAGUGGUCUGCAGAUGAUGGCCAGCUUUCUGUUUUUUCAUGGCUUGUAGGCUAAGAAUAGUCAUUAUAUUUUAUAUGGGACAGAGACCAGAUAUGGCCCACAAAGCCUGAAAUACUUGCUAUCUGACCUUUUAUAGGAAAACUUUGCCCAGCCUUGGUCUACAGCAGAGGUUGUCAGCUGGUGGUAAUAGGGGGACAUUUUUGAUUGUUAGAACUGGAGGUGAUGGGGGGUACUAUCGGCACGUAGCAGGAUGGAAGGUAUCAGGGAUGAUGGUAAAUAUCCCACAAUGCACAGGAACUCCCCCCUCCAAUAGCAAAGAAUUACGUGCCCCAAAAUGUCAGUAUUGCAGAGGUUGUGAAUAAUCUCUGUUAUUCUUCAGUUAUUACCUACAGUCAUCCCUCAAUGUUUAUGAAUCUUGUGAGCACUUAUGCUAGGAGAUAUUUCUUUUUAAAACUUUUAAAAUAUAAUCACCGCAGUUCUUUUAGGAAAAAACCUUGAGAACUCUCACUGCUGAUAAUCCCUAUGUGGAAAUGAAUUUAGCCACAGGCCCCUUAUUUGUGCAAAUGAAAAUUUUCACUGGGAGAAAAGCCCCAAUGGAAUUUUCCAGUGAGUAUGGGAUUGCACUUAUCAGUCUUCUAUCAUGAAAACACACCCAGCUCGUGAAUUUUUUAGUCUUUUAAGGUUAUGCUCCUCUGAGUAACCCUUGAGACUCAUCACAGAAAGCUUGUAUAUAGUAUUUUUAAUAUAGCUUCAUUCUUGAAAUGUCUUAAUUUCCUUUUGGAUAACUUACUUGACCAAUGACAUCUUUGGAAUUGUGUUAUGUACUGUGUAACAUGUGGGUAUUUUUUAGUACCUGUUUGUUACUGGUAUCUAAUUCAAAUGCAUUGUGAUCAGAGCAUGAUGUCUUUAUUAGAUGGAUCCUUUGGUAUGUUUGCAGCCUGCUGUCCAGCCAGAAGUGGCUUAUGCUUCUAGUUCCUCCCCAGGUAUCUGCUCUCAUCUUCUUCCAUGUCACGAGAAUCCAGGUUCUGCCAGAUUAGUAAGGUGUGCUAUAUUUUAAAAUCUCUCAUAGGUUUUCUUGUAACUAGUACAGUCCAUGUCCCAUAGCCCUGGCCACUGACGAGUAAGCAGAUGUCACUGUGUGGGCUUCUGAGAAAGCUCUUGAAAAGGUCAUUCUCACGUGGAUUCUUCUUUACAUAUUUUGUUCUUUGCUUUCCUCCUACUUCUCACCUUGCAAGGAGAUCCAGUAUCUAGUGUUCAGAGAUCCACCUUGUGACCAUGAGGAUGAAAGCCACAGUUUAAGAAGGACACUGCAGAAAAGUCACAAUGGUCCUGGUCCACCUGUGGCUUCUUUGUCUUCACUAGCUGUGGAUUUGUUACCUCCAGACUUCCUCUUACAUGGAAAAAAUAAAAUUGAUUAUUG